AUGGGUAACUGCUGUGCGUCGCCAACAGAGAGGCAGCAGCCGCUGCGGGAGCCGCUGCUGCAGGGGCCUCCCCCCGAGGCAUCAAACACAGUCGAAGGAAAUGAGUGGGCGGCAGUAACCAUGCAGCAGAACGGCAACGCACCGCUGCUUAUUAAGCAGGAUGCCAUGCUGAAGGCAGUGGGGGAUGCACCGGAGUUGGCGGACGCGGGCAAGGGAACAGGCAGAAGCAGCGUGUGCGUGGGCCCCAAAGACAAGGCUGAUUCUGGUGAACAGGAAGUUUCUAUGAGCCCGCUUACACCAUCGCGAUGUGAAAUCGCCGAGCCGGCUUUUGGGUGCGACGUGUCGGAAGAAGACUUUCUGAAUAGUGCGUUUUCCGACUCUGACUUCUUUACGGCGCAAGGCUCGCCGUUGAGCCUCCGCCCAACGCUGGGACGGGGCGUCUCCGUUGAGCCGUUCGCGGAGACGGAUGACGUGGACAUGCCCGAUGAUCCGUUUGCCAUGAGCGAGGCCUUCAUGUCUUGCCGCAGUUUUCGCCGCAUAGCCUCUGCAGCGGCGAAUGACACUCAACUCUCACAGCGGCUCCCAGGGGAGAGCGGAUGGCAGCUGCCAUUGCCGUGCCGCUCCACUCCGCUCACUGACGGUGCUUCUGACACGGCCUUCAUGUCUUGCCGCAGUUUUCGCCGCAUAGCCUCUGCAGCGGCGAAUGACACUC